UUCCCAUCCCAGUAGUAGCCUGUUCCUUCUGUUCUCUGUCCCUCCAGAGCUCCCACAGCAACAUGUCUGGAAGGAGGAGGAGGUUCUGGCUGACCAGCAGCUCUGUAUUCAGGAGAAGAACUCCAGUCUGGACCAAGAGGACCCAGAGCCUCCACAGAUUAAAGAGGAACAGGAGGAACUCUGUACCAGUCAGGAGGGAGAGCAGCUUGUACUGAAGCAGGAGACUGAUACCUUUAUGUUGACUCCUACUUAUGAGGAAAGAGACCACAGUGAAGCAGAACUGAAAAGUGACCACCAGCUCCUCUCUCACAGCUGUCAUGUAGCUGAGAGCCAAGAUCAGAAAGGAGGCGAGCAUGAAGACUCAGGAUCAACUAGAGAUGCAGAGCCAAAACAAAAUCAAAAUCACAAAAGCAGAAGCCACAGAAACAAUGUAAACAACUCUACCAUGUCAGAGGUUCACCAUAAUCCUCACACAGGUAAAAACUCCUUCAAAUGUGACACUUGUGGAAAAGAUUUUAAGUAUAAGUCACUAUUGCAGACACACCUGAGAAUUCACACAGGUGAGAAGCCAUAUUCUUGCACUAGCUGUGGAAGAAGAUUCAGUACCUCAUCAUAUUUGAAGACUCAUAUAAGAAUCCACACAGGUGAGAAGCCUUAUUCUUGUACCAGCUGUGGGAAAAGAUUUAGAUACGCAUCACAUUUGAAUGUUCAUAUAAGAAUCCACACAGGUGAGAAAUCAUUUUCUUGCAAAACAUGUGGGAAAGAUUUCAGAACUAACAGUCACUUGAAAAUCCACAUGCGAUAUCAUACAGGCGAGAAGCCGUACCUUUGCAAGACCUGUGGGAAAUGUUUCCAUGAAAUGACAAAAUUGAAAGUCCACAUGAGAACCCACACAGGUGAGAAGCCGUACCUUUGCAAGAUCUGUGGGAAAAGAUUCACUGACAAUUCAGGAUUGAAAACGCAUAUAAGAACCCACACAGGUGAGAAGCCGUAUACUUGCGAAACAUGCGGGACAUCUUUUAGCCAAAAUGGUAGCUUGAAAGUCCACAUGAGAAGAGCCCACACUGGUGAGAAGCCGUAGCUUUGCACGAUCUUCUGGACAAUAUAUGCUGAUGUGUCUAAUUUGACAUGGCACAAAAGUUCGAAUACAGGCAUGUAGCAUAUUAGCUAAAUAUGUUGGGAGAUUAUUCUGUUCUAGAGGUUUGUGGUCAAAACACACAAGAACUCACAGAAGUGAGGAGCUGCAUCAUUGCAGCAUUUGUGGGGAAAGUUUUACUCAAAUCAAUUACUUGAACAAAAAAAACUGCAAGUAGGGCCCCCUGAAAUCCUUUACAUCUGUUUUGAGAUUCUGUUUUUUUCCUUUUUACAUAUUCUGUUUUCUGUUUUCAUUUUUAUGAAUUGUGUGUGUUACGAUUUAAGCACAUUUCAUCUUCAGAAAGAGUGUUUAAUCAUGUGGUAGAUUAAUAAAAUAACAUUUCAGUAUGAAAAUAUUAAACUUGUCAUCAGUAUCAGUGAAUUUGGUGUAUUAUACAGAAAUGCUUAUAGAAAUAUUAAAAUGUAUGCACCAUUAUUUAUAGAACCCAAUUUACAAUAAAUGUUUUGCAGCGGUAGGAUAUUAAAACACUAACGUCAGGCCACCAAGCCAUUCUUAAAUUCAAAAUCCAUUCAUCCUUAUCACUGCUCCAUGUAGUAUAGUUUAUUUCUGUUUACCUUGUUAUGAUUGUUGUAUAUUGACUGUUUCUUGUCUGGUAUGUAGCAGAAGGGAGUUGCAAAGAGAAUUUCUUUUUACAACCCUGUUGUAAAAUGACAAUAAAAUAAUU